CAUCUUUUCUUAUUAGUGGUAAAUCACCCUUGAGACCUUAUGAAUACAAAUGACAUGUCAAUACCAUCCAGUCUGUAAACUGUAUGGAUAUUCUCAUAUGUUAUUAUGGGUCUCAUGAAGAUUAUACAUCGUGACGGAAAAUUUUGUUUAACUUUUUCGGGGAAAAUUAAUGAUGGCCAAACUUUGAACCGAAACGUCUUGUAAUAUUGAUUAUAUCUUAUUUUAUAAUAAAUAAUUUUGCACAAUAAUAACAGCGCUGACUCUGAAUUGUCUGAUGAAAUUGUGUUUAAUACGAUAAAAUUUUUAUAAAGUUUUGAAAUUUUGCUUGUGAUAUUUUAAAUUAACUGUCUUUAAGAAAUUUUAGGCUAUUAAAAGAUAUUCCUAAUUAGAUUUAAUUAAUCAAGCUUUGUGACAAUUUUAAAUAAUACUUGCUAAAGUAAUAUAUUACAAAAUUUAUACAAAAUGAAUCUUAAUGAGUCUAUAUUUACUGAAGUUCAUUUAAUACAUGUAAGGAAUAAAAAUGCUUAAACAUAACUAAAAAUAAAAUGCUUCAAACAGGAUUAAAAUAUAAAUUUUAAUUAUUAUGACUUUUAUUUUACAGAAUUUCUGUACAUAUAUUAUAAAAAGUGAUUCCGAGUCAAUGGAUUUUCAAAGCACAAAUCCGUUAAAUACUUGGUUAAACCUGCUUUCGGGGAAUCUAUUACCGAUAACCGAAAAUUCGUCAUUUCCACUAUUCUGGAAAAUACACAGCGCUUUUGUGUGGUUGCUCGAAUUGAUUUAUAUUGUUACGUUUGUUCCUGCCUACUUUUUAGUACCGAAAGAUAUGAGCGAUGGUUUAAAUGGCUCAGUCAUUAUAGAUGCGAGCGAUAUGCUACUCGAAUACUUUCAAAUAUUUGCGCAAAUCACACUAGUAAAAGAAUUGAUACGAAAAUUGAAUAAGGCUCUGAGCAUUGAAGAUGAGAAUAUGAGACAUAUCGUAAUAAUGAAUCUAAAGCCAUUAAAAAUUCCAUUCACGAUUUACUUGGUAACGGGCAUAUUUAUUGCUUUCUCCUGGUUGUGCAUGCCGUUUUUGUUGAUUUUUGAAAAGAGUACUUUUUACUAUACAGAUUACAAAAUACCAGCUAUUUUUUCCAAAGAACCAUUUUCUGUCGGUGUUUUUCUGUUAGGUAAUGUGAUAAUAUUACUCAACGGCGUGUACGUUUUUUUAAGAAAGGCCAGCCUGGAUGUCUAUACAGCACAUUUGAUAUCAUUGGUAUCGGCACAGUAUCAAUACGUUUCUUUAAGGCUUGUAUUAAUAUUUCGAAGUAAUGAGCAGCAGGAUAACGCCUGCUGCCGAGAACAUAAUUCUAAGAUGGAUUUUUUCGUCGCAAAGGAAAUAAAAAAGUUAUGUCGGCAACAUAUCGAUGUUAUGAAGUAAGUACACUUUUUAGUACUAAGAUAACACUAAGUUUACUAAGAUAACAAACCGCUUAAAAGAUUUUGAUUUAUUUAUAUAAUGCUAAAGAAUUGUAUUCAUUCAAGUAACGUACUAUGGUAUUUCAUAAUAUAAUAUGUCAAUUGAUUAAAUUUUAUAAAAUGUUAUAGACAUAGACACAUU